AUGAAACGUGGACAUGGUAAAAAACAAUCUCAAGAUAAAGAUAAAACUUGUAGAGGAUUUAAUGGAAAUCCUGGAAGUUGUCAAUUUGGUGAUAAUUGUCGAUAUCGACACGUAAUGCCAAAUUCUACAACAGUUUCUCAAUCACCAAAGCAAACAAAUUACAAAAGGGGUGUUGAUUCUAAUCAAAGAUUAAAUAAUAGAUCAGCUCAAAAUGAAUUUUCUUCAAUAUAUCAGGAUCCAGUUGAAAAAAGUUUGUCAGAAAAAGAUUCAAGAGGUCAAUAUAAAAGAAAUGUAGUAGACAGAAGAAUCAGAGGACCCGUUUUACCUGAACUUCUUGAGAUUAAUAAACCACCAAAAGAAGGUUUUCGUGCAAUAUCCAUACUUCCAACGCAAAAGGAACUAUUGGGUCCUAGACCAAAAUAUAUUCCUGUUAAUAAAACCAAAGGUUCCUAUGAAAACAUUGAAGAAUAUCUGGAAACUCAUUAUAAAUUAUUAAGAGAAGAUUUUCUUAGACCUUUAAGACAGGGUAUUCAAAUUUAUAUAGAUGAUGAGAAUGAUGAAGAAGUUGAUCAAAUGAAUUUACGAAUUUAUGUUGAUGUAAAUCUUGUUGGUGUGACCUUUUCUAGUAUCGGUGUUUUACAUCGAAUUUCUUUUAGAACUAGACCUGGUGAAAGAAUUCAUUGGGAGCAGAGCAAAAGAUUAAUUCCUGGAACACUGGUUGUUUUGACCAAAGAUAAAUUUAAGACAAUAAAACUUGCAACUGUUGUUAACAGGUCUCUGGAAUAUUUAAAAAAGCCUCAUGAUUUACAAAUUGAUGUGCUCUUCAGAUCAGAAGAUGUUGAUUUCGUUUGGGAUGAGAAUUAUACAAUGGUUGAAUCGACAACUUCAUAUUUUGAAGCAUAUAGGCAUGUCUUAAAGGUAAUUCAAGAGCUUGAUCCAGAAGAUAUGCCUUUGAAAUCACACAUCAUUGACCUUGAUAAGAAUAUUGAGCUUCCAAAAUACCUUGAAAAUCGCGCUCCUCCAAAUUAUGAUUUUGGAACUGAACCAACAUUCCAAAAUCUUGAAAAGUUCUUAGGAAAAUCAAAAAAAAUAAAUUGUGGGCUACACAAGUCUCAAUAUGAAGCAUUAGAACGGAUGCUUACUUCUAGAUUAGCUUUGGUUCAAGGACCGCCUGGUACAGGCAAGACAUAUGUUGGUUUGGCUGCAGUAAGGAUUCUGUUGGAAAAUUUAUCUGGAACCAUAGUUGUUUCUUGUCAAACAAAUCAUGCAUUGGAUCAAUUCCUUGAAGGUAUUCAGAAAUUUGAGUCUAAGAUAGUUCGUUUAGGAUCAAGAUCUACAUCUACACACAUAAAACCAUGUACUUUAUACAAUAUUAGACAAGAUGUUAAAGCUUCAGAUGAAUUGUCACCCAGAAAUCCAGAUAUAAAUGCAUUAUUUAAAGAAAAACACAAGUUAGAAUCUAGGAUGGAAAAAUUAUGCAAGGAAAUAGGCAGCCCAUGUCUUACCUUGGAAUUUGUUAAAGAAAAGAAAUUUCUUACUCCGGCACAAAUUUCUAGUUUAGAGGGAGAUGAUUGGGUGACUAGUAGUUCGACAACAAAUGAUAAUGAUCGUGAUUAUCUUCAUAUUGAAGCAGAUUUUCGAGGUAUCGAUGGUAAUCAAACAAUAAAUGGCAAAUAUGUUAACUUGAGAAGUGAAAGUUAUGUUAGUUCUAACACUCAAGUGAGUGAUGCUGAAUUGGAAAGAUAUUCAUCUGUUGAUGAUCUAUUUGCAAUCCCAGCUCAUGUUCGAGCUGCUAUGCAUAAUCGUUGGAGAAGUGAACGUUUGAAGGAAGUGAUAGUAGAACUUAAACAAAAGAGCAAUGAAUAUCUUGAAAUUUCAGAAAAAAUUAAAAAUGAGAGAAUUCGUGAAGAUUUACUAAUCCUAAAACGUGCUAGAGUUGUUGGUAUGACAACCACAGCUGCGGCUAAAUACCAUGAUUUACUCGUUAAUUUGAAACCUAAAAUUAUUAUUAUUGAAGAAGCUGCCGAAACACUUGAAGCACAUAUAAUCAGUGCACUUACACCAGCAACUGAACAUUUAAUUUUAAUUGGUGAUCAUAAGCAGCUUAGACCAAAUACAGCUGUCCAUGAACUUGCAGAAGAUCACUGUCUCAAUGUUUCUCUAUUUGAACGACUAAUAGAAAAUGAAUUACCUUUUACAAAACUUACCCAACAACGUAGAAUGAGACCUGAAAUUAGAGAACUUUUGACUCCUAUUUAUGGAGAUGUUCUAAAGGACCAUCCAUCUGUAUCGGAAUACCAUAAUGUACCAGGUUUUUUUGAGGACCUCUUCUUUUUUGAUCAUCAAGAGGAGGAAUCUAUGGUAAAAGAAUCUAAAAGUAGGAUCAAUGAGUUUGAAGCUAAAAUGAGUGCUAAGCUUGCUGUUUAUCUUGUUAAUGGAGGAUUUGAUUGUUCAAAAAUAACUAUUUUAAGUAUGUAUUCUGGUCAAAGAAAAUUGAUACAACAGUACUUGAAUGCAAAUGCAAAAAUGACAUACUUUUCAAAUGAAAUAAAAAGUAUAAGGGUCAGCUCAGUAGAUGGUUUCCAAGGUGAAGAGAAUGAUGUGAUAAUUUUGUCACUUGUAAGAAGUCGUGAACCAAAAAGUAAUAUAGGUUUCUUAAGUGUCAGCAAUAGAGUUUGUGUUGCACUCUCUAGAGCAAAACGUGGAAUGUACAUAUUUGGAAAUGCAACACAAUUAUCAACGAACUCUAAUUUAUGGAAAGAUAUAAUAAAGAUACUUGAAAAAAAGGGGUUAUGUGAUCAAUCAAUUGAUUUAUAUUGCCAGAAACAUUCAAAACCAGAACUUGGUCCAUCAGGAAUGGUGGUAAUUAAUGUUGAGUGGGAGGCUAGUAUACCAUCAGAAGGAGGCUGUAAACAAAAGUGUGGUGAGUUCAUGGAAUGUGGACAUUUAUGUCCUAAGGAUUGUCAUACUUAUUCUCAUGAUAAAUUUAAAUGUCGAGAAAAAUGUAUUCGUAUAUUUCCUUGUGGUCAUCCAUGUGAUAAAGAAUGUAAAGAUACUUGUGGCAAGUGUGAAACUAAAAUAGUUAUAAAUCCUCGAUGUGGUCAUCAAAAAGAAGUUAAAUGUCAUAUUGGCCAAGACUUGAGUAAAUACGAAUGUAGUGAAAUAUGUGAAAAGAAAUUGUCAUGUGGUCAUCGGUGUAAAGAGUCUUGUUCUUCACCAUGGUGUACACAACUUUGCAGAACUGAAACACGUAUAAAAUAUCCUGAUUGUGCGCAUAUAAAUAUAGUUCCGUGUUAUGAUGCCAAAUAUAAAUUAACAGAAGGGUGCCCUUUUUGUUGA